CCACCAGCAGGUACGGCACCCCAGUCUGCUCUGGCACCUUCACCAUCCCCAUCACACCCGUCCCCCCGGCACUUUUCGCAUGGGGGUUCGGCAAGCCCCGGUGAGCAUCCUUGCCCUCACCUGGGCGGCGCGUGCCCAGGAAAGCCGAUCUGCAGAGAAUUCCCCAAAUAUUUGGGGCCAUCUCUCCCAUUUCACCUCCUAGAUGCGAGUCUCCUCCCCGAUUUGCAACCCCGUCCCACCGGCACAGCAGCUCACCCCAUGGGGAUCGCUCUGGCCACAAGCUCCCCACGCCCCUGGCCCAGAGCUGGGGGAUGUCGGCCAUCGGGGCCGGCUCAGCGGGUGCCCCUGGAGAGUCCCCCCGGCCCAGCAUGGCUCCCCCUCACCCACAUAGGUCUGCAGAGGGCUCCAUGUGGCUGCCUCUUCGACCCCUGGGUCUUCCGCAUCCAGUGGACAACCACUGACCUGCCUCCACCAGCCACCGCCACGCUCGGCCAAGGCGCCGCUGCUCUGCCAGGUGCUGCCCUGUGGGGUCCCGGGGGCUGCAGGGCCCCCCUGGCCUGGGCAGCCCCAGGGACCCCCCAGGGCCAACCACAAUACCUCGCACCCUACGAAAAUCAGAGGAGUGGGGUGGCCUCAGCCCCUCUGGAGCUGCCAGUGUCCAUCCCCAGCUACCAGCACAUCGAGGGGCAGUUGGCACAGAUUAACAUCUCCAGCACAGCCACCCCUGUGGGGGCACCCCCAGGCAGCGACGUCCCCCUGGGCAGCAAUGUUCCCCCCAGGCCCUGUGCUGCCGCCCACAACCAAGCCCUCGGGGACACUGCAGGCGACCUUGCAGUGUCCGAGGAGAUGCUCCUGGAAGAGGCCCUAAGGCUCUUCGGUUGCUCCCUGGAUGGAGUGGGGGUCAGCCAGGAUGCUCCCAGCAGCAGCCCCAUGCCUGGGGACCCUGCUGGCACCAACGGAGAGGGGAGAGGGAUGGCCCCAGCCCCCCUAGCGCUGCCAACACCCAUCCCCAGCUACGAGGACAUCGAGGGGCUGUUGGCCAAGAUCAACACCUGCAGCAUGGCCACCCCUGUGGGGGCACCCCCAGGCAGCGACGUCCCCCCCAGCCCCUGCGCUGACCCCCACAACCAAGCCCUUGGGGAGCCCGUAGGUGAACUUGCAGCGUCUGAGAAAGUGGCUCUCCAAACGGCCCUAGUGCUCUUUGGUCGCUCCCUGGAUGGGGUGGGGGUCAGCCAGGAUGCUCCCAGCAGGAGCUCCAUGCCCGAGGACGCUGGUGGCACCGGCGCAGCCACCCCCGACCACAACUUCAGCUCGCUCUCGCUGCCUGAGGAGCUGCUCACCCCUGACUACUGCAUCCCCGAGCUCAGUGACAUCAUGCUGAGCCUCGAAAUAUUCAACGUCAUCAGGAUGGAGCCCCAGGAGCCGUGGGAGGAUGCCGGGAUGGACCUGCCACCAUCCCCGCCUGCCAUGGCAGACAAGCCGAGGAAGAGGCAGGCGCAGAGCUCCUUGCCAAUGCCACCCAGCAAGCGCAGGGCUCUCGCAGCCAACGUGGGGGUGUGAGGGGGGGCUUAG